AAGGUAUUUUCUGUACCAAAAGCGUUCCUCUGUCCGUCCGUCCGUCCGCCUGUCCGUCUCUCGAUCUCUCUCUCUCUGUAAUCCGUCGACUAAGAACGCCGCCGCCGCCACCAGGAGGGCUUCUCUGUCUCGCCUCACGUCUCUCUCCCUCUCUCUCUGCCCACUCGACGUACGUACGUAAAUACACGCGACCUAUUGUAUCCUAAGCCAUCCCGAGGUAUGACGCUCAUCCUAUCGAACGCACACUUAAUACUCGAUCCCCGAUUCGAUUUUGUUUACCGAUUCUAGUGAGAUCUGCUGAGGGAAGGCGUUGUUUAUAAAUUAUUGUGUUUGUGUAAAGCGGGAGAGGGCCUAGUGCGUGGGAUUAGGGUUUUGAUGUGUUGAGGUGGUCUGGCAGGAUCGGGGUGUCCAGUUCGGGUUUGGCUCCGUUCUGGAGAUGGCCAAUCAUGGCUCCAAGUUUGUAUCGGUGAAUCUGAAUAAGUCUUAUGGGCAGCAGCAUCAACCUUCUCAUCAUGGUCGCUAUCCUCAUUUUAAUGGAGGUGGCAGUUCCUACGGGCAGGCUGCUGCUGCUGGGAGAAGCCGGGGAGGGAGUGGAGGUGGCGGUGGGAUGUUGGUUUUGUCCCGGAGCCGGGGUGGCCCUGCAAAGGCUGUUUCAAAAUUAUCGGUUCCACCCCCCUUGAAUUUGCCAUCAUUGAGGAAAGAACAUGAGAAAUUCGACAUAUCAGGCUCUGGUGGGCCUGGUGCAGGUGCAGGCACUGGAACUGGUGCAAGACCCUCUUCUUCAGGUGUGGGAUGGACCAAACCUGCAGCAGCUACUGCUGGAAUGCCAGAGAAGAAUGAUACUGGUGUUGGCGUUACUGGAGGGGAUGGGAUGGAUUCUAUGGAUGUAGCAACUCGGGCAACUGGUUCUUAUAUGCCGCCUUCAGCUCGCCCAAGUGGGGUAGGGGUAGGUCCUGCUUCUGAAAUUCAAACCUUUACGACAUCAGCAGAGAAAGCCGUGGUUCUGAGAGGUGAGGAUUUCCCAUCCCUGCAAGCUGCAAGGCCUGUUUCAUCUGGGGCGUCACAGAAACACAAGGAGCUCUUAAAGCAGAAGCAGGUCUCAGGUGAUGAAUUGACUCAGGAUAAAAGGGACCGUAAUCUAGGACCUGUGGUUGAUAUGAAUACACCGGGACAUUCUUCAAAAAUUAUGGGUGGAAAUGGCUUGGUGGAGUAUGGCGGUGAAGGGCAUGCAGUCGGUAGUGGCCGAAUAGCUGAUAAUUUUCAGAAGAAAGAAAAUCUUCCUAAUCCACUGCCACUGGUUAGUGUGACUCCUAGAUCUGAUUGGGCAGACGAUGAACGUGAUACUGGCCAUGGAUUUAUGGAGCGAGGAAGAGAUAAUGGAUAUUUGAACCCUGAAAAUUAUUGGGACAGAGAUUUUGACUUUCCCAGGCCCAGUGUUUUACCUCACAAACUCCCGCAGAAUCAAUAUAACAGAUGGGGUCGACGAGACAAUGAAACUGGAAAGAAUUUUUCUAGUGAAGUCCUUAAAAUAGACCCAUUCAACAAAGAUGCGAGAGCCUCUAGUAGGGAAGGUAGAGAAAACAGCAAGUGGAGAUCCUCUACUUUUUCGAAGGAUGGUUUUAGUGCUCAAGGAGGAGGAGAUUACAAUAAUGAUGUUGGUGCAAGAAUGGGUGGUCAUAAUAACACGAUGAAGGAGAGUAGGUACACCCCACCUCAUUCUGGAGACAUUGGUCGAGAUGCCAAUGCCCUACUUAACCGAGAUUCUGCGUAUGCGAGAAGGGAUUCGGGUCUUGUAGGAUGGCAACAGCAGCAACAGCGUAAUUAUUCAACAGAACCAUUAAAAAACAAAGGAGCUGAACGAAAUUCUUGGGAUCUUCAUGUCACCGAGCAUCCUAAUAGGCCGAGGGGCAUGGAUUAUCAGAAUAAUACUGUAUCCAAAUAUUCUGGUACUUCUGGGAAAAUGCUUUCAGUAGCAGAUCCAAUACUGACCAUGGGGCGGGAUAAACGAUUUUCAAAAAGUGACAGACAUUAUUCUGAAGAUCCUUUCUUGAGUUAUGGAUCUACUGAUUUUGAUGAAAAGGGGGAUAUAUUUUCAGGAGGUCUUGUUGGGGUAAUUAAGAGGAAGAAAGAUGCUGCUAAACCUACAGACUUUCAUGAUCCUGUUCGGGAAUCUUUUGAGGCAGAACUUGAAAGGGUCCAGAAAAUGCAGGAGCUGGAGCGGCAGAGGAUCAUUGAAGAGCAGGAAAGAGCUAUAGAGCAAGCUCGAAGAGAGGAGGAGGAGAGGCAAAGGAGGAUUAGAGAAGAGGAGGAACGGCGGAGAAGGCUUGAAGAGGAGGCCCAAGAAGCUGCUUGGAGGGCCGAACAGGAGCGCCUUGAGGCUAUUCAAAGAGCUGAAGAGCAAAGAAUUGCCAGGGAAGAGGAGAAAAAAAGAAUCCAGUUGGAGGAAGAGAGGAGAAAGCAAGCUGCCAGGCAGAAGCUUCAGGAAUUGGAAGCAAGGAUGGCUAGGAGGCAGGAAGAGGCAUCAAAGGGUAGUUCUUCUGUGUCUAAAACUAUUCUGGAUGAGAAUUCGGAGUCGGCAAUGCAGGAAAAACAUGCUUACAGGAAUCUGGAUUUGGAGACCUGGGAAGAUGGUGAGAGAAUGUUGGAGAACAUGACGUCAGGUUCAUUUGAUUCAUCUGCUUAUAAUAGAUCUGUUGAGAUGAGCUCAAAGCCGUAUCCUCCUAGAGAAGGCACUUCAAAUACGAUUGAAAGAGGAAAAGCUAUUAAUUCUUGGCGAAGGGAAAUUUUUGAGAAUGGCAGUAGCUUCCCUUCACCGCUACCUGACCAGGAUAUACGUCCUUUUAAUCCAACCCGGGGUGUAUUUGGUGGUAGUAGAGCACCCCAGCAUAACGAGUUCCAUGGAGGAGUUCCAUCAUCUAGGCCUUACUUGAAACCAGGGAUGCAAGAGCCCUAUCCAGAUGAGUUUGGGUAUCAAAAAGAUCACAGGUGGAGCUUUCCUGGGAAUGCUGAUUCGUUUGGAAAAUUUAAGGAGAUGGACUCUGAGUUUGCAGAUAAGUAUGGUGAUAGGGGGUGGGGGCAAGAAUUCUCUCCCAGUGGUAACCAUCCUCCAUACCCUGAGCAGUUGUAUCCACAUUCUGAGGUGAAUGACCUUUAUUCCUAUGGGAGGUCAAGGUAUUCCAUGAGGCAGCCCCGUGUUCUUCCUCCUCCACUUGCUUUGGCUCAAAGGAGUGGAGUUAUUGACCGUACUGAUCCUUCAACCCUCCAAGACAGCAGCAUUCAUUAUACACAAUCAGCAAUGUCUGAAUCAACUAGGCAGACAGCUUAUGGCGGUAAUAAUCAAGGAGGCCAUGAGGCAUCUGAGAUCUUUGGACUUGAGCAAGAUAAUGGUACUUCUGAAGAACUAAAGCUGAACAACGCAUCAAGGUGUGAUUCACAAUCUUCACUCUCUGUUUCCAGCCCCCCAACUUCUCCACCUCAUUUGUCCCAUGAUGAGCUGGAUGAAUCUGGGGAAUCUCCUGUAAUAUCUGCUGCUGCAGAAGAGAGAAUAAGUUUAAUUCCUCCAUCUGUUAACCACAAUGAUAAUUCUGGAAAUGGUGCUGCCACUGUUUCAUCGGAUUCAGUAUCUGCUAUUGAGGAUGAAGAAUGGGCUCUUGAGAAUGAUGACAGGAUGCAGCAGCAAGAAGAGUAUGAUGAGGAUGAAGAUGGUUAUAGAGAAGAGGAUGAAUUGCGAGAAGGGGAUGAGGAAAACCUGGAGCUGAACCAAAAGUUUGAUGAGCUUGAACUAAACAAAAGAGACCCACCACAACUGAUGGACAAUGUGGUCCUAGGUUUUGAUGAGGGCGUUCAAGUUGUAAUACCAAGUGAUAGUUCAGAGAAAAAUAUAGUGAUUCAAGACAGAUCAUAUGGGGUACCUGCAAGUUCUACCGAUGCUGUGGAAGAAAAAGGGCCUGCUGAUGGGCUUCCUUGUGAUGCACAAUGUGUUCUACCCCCAGAUGAUACUUUGGGAACAGGUGUUAAUAUUUGUUCAGGCCCUGAAAAAUCUGCACUGCACGGUACCAUUGGACAGUCUGCUAAUGCUCCUUAUUCUUUGGCAGCUACUGAUCGAUUAGAACCCAUUGAUUCGUCUGGUGGUGUUGGUUUAAACGCCCAGCCUACCAUUAUGUCUUCUGUUGGUGCUACAUCUGCAUCUGGUCAUACUAACCUGCCAUCUUCCUCUUCUGGAAGUCAGGGUGAUUUACCUGUUAAGCUUCAGUUUGGGCUUUUCACGGGUCCUUCUUUAAUACCUUCUCCAGUCCCUGCUAUACAGAUUGGUUCCAUACAGAUGCCCCUUCACAUCCAUCCUCCUAUUGGUCCAUCCAUAACUCACAUGCCUCAAUCACAGAGUCCGAUGUUCCAAUUUGGUCAGCUCCAUUAUACAUCUCCGAUAUCACAGGGAAUUUUGCCAAUAGCCCCUCAAGCAAUGGCUUUUACUCAGCCUAAUGCGAGUGGUCAUCUUGAUCUGAAUCAGAAUGCUGGAGGCUCUGUGACUCAUGAAGGUGCUCGAGAUGCUUCUGCACAAAAUGUUGCCCAUGAUAAGGUGCCGUCUGGUUCAAUGAAUAAUCAGCCAAGUGUUAUUUCUGCAUCACCAAAGCAAUCUAACGGAAACCUUUCCCAAGGACGUUGUACAGCUGUGGAUACUAAAAUUCACAAGGAUAAUACCGCUGCCAGUUCAUCUUCUUCAGGUGGGACAAAUGUUGGAAAAAUAAAGUCAGACUAUAGCACCCAGGCAGAAGAGAAAGGACAUCAUCAUUCAGAUUUGAAGAGUUACUCGGUGCCACUGAAGGCAAGGGGAUUGGCACAAUCAAUGAGGCAACCUGUAGGUGGUGAGAAAAGCCUAGGUGGAUCGUGCGGUGUGGGCCAAUUAUCUGGUGGUAGGGGGAAGAGAUUUGCCUAUGUGGUUAAAAAUCCAAGCAUGAGACCUUCAUUCCAAGGUCAAGAUAUGCCAGCAGAUCCAAAUGGGGUUUUCAGAAGGCCUCGACGAUUUGUUCAGCGAACUGAAUUUCGAAUCCGUGAGAACAAUGAUAGGAAACCGCCUGGCUUGGUUUCUUUUAAUUAUAGUGGCAUAGAUGACAAGUCUAACAAUAGCAUGGGAAAAGCUGUAGGAGCUUUUGCUAGAAGCGGAUCUAAAAGGGGUGCAGUGUCUAACAGAACUAUGAAGCAAAGCAUUGAGACAGUACCCUCUGCUUCUGGAAAUUCUAAUCCUAGGGAGGGUUCUGGAGACAGGAUUGCAAAAGAGUCCGCAAAAAAACUAACAAGUAGGACUCAGGAUACUUCCCAAAUGAACUUGAGAACUACUUCUGAGGAGGAUGUUGAUGCUCCCUUACAAAGUGGUGUGGUGCGUGUGUUUCAACAACCUGGUAUAGAAGCUCCUAGUGAUGAGGAUGAUUUUAUUGAAGUCAGAUCCAAACGGCAAAUGCUGAAUGAUCGGCGGGAACAAAGGGAAAAAGAAAGCCAAGCCAAAUCACGAACCACCAAGCCACCACGCAGACAACUACGUUCCACGAGACCGAAAGAUGUAGUUUCGAGAAGCCACAAUAAGCUCUAUGGUCCGAGUAGCAGUGAAGAAUUAAGAAACUCUCAAUUGGAUUUUACUAAAUCUGAGAGCAGCCCACAUACUACCAACAAAGAAGGGUCAACAGGAUUGAAUACAACAGUUUCCCAGCCUCCAAUUGGACCUCCUGCUAUCAGUUCUGAACAGGCUACCAAGCUGAACCAGCCAGGCCCUGUAUCCACUUUCUCUAAUUGCAAUACAGAAGGUGAUCCUGCCCAAACAUUUGACAGCAAAGAUAAGGUGGUGAUGUCACUGAGCCAGACCCAAUUUCCUGAUACAAUGAAGCCUGCUCAGUAUGAUAUGCAUGUUUCAUCUGUUGGAGGUCAUUCCAGCACACUUAGCGAUCCAAUCUUGCCAACUUCAUCCAGUUUGCCAAAGGAUAAAUCAUUCUCUUCUGGUGCAAGCACAAUCAAUUCCCUGCUCUCCGGACAAAAAAUUCAAUUCGGGGCUGUUACCUCUCCAACAGUCCUACCUGGUAGCCGCAUUGUAUCAAAUGUGAUUGGUUCUCCAGCACCCGCCCAAUCUGAUGUCCAAAUGUUGCACAAUUUUGAAAAAGACAGUACCCUUUUCUUCGAGAAAGAGAAACACCUGAGUGAUUCCUGUGUUCCCAUACAAGAUUCUGAGGCCGAAGCAGAAGCAGCUGCUUCUGCUGUUGCUGUUGCAGCCAUCAGCAGUGAUGAGAUAGUAGGGAAUAGAUUGGGCUCAGUUAAUGACACCAAAAGUUUCGGCGGUGCCGACGCCAACGCUACAGGUGUCGUUGGAGAUCAGCACUUGGAGAACCAAUCAAGGGGUGAGGAGCUAUUAACUGUUUCUCUUCCUGCAGAUCUCUCUGUCGAGACAACACCGAUAUCCUUGUGGCCGCCCCUCCCAAGUCCCCAAAGUUCCUCAAGCCAGAUGAUUUCUCAUUUCCCUGGAGGCGCACCUUCUCACUUCCCCUUCUAUGAGAUGAACCCAUUGUUGGGGGGGCCAAUAUUUGCUUUCAGUCCGCAAGAGGAAUCUUCUGGUGCACAAUCGCAACCCCAAUCCCAAAAGACUACGCCAACCAAUUCUGCUCCUCUUGGUAAUUGGCCUCAAAGCCAUACUAGCAUGGACUCAUUUUAUGGGCCCCCAGCUGGAUAUUCGGGUCCCUUUAUUGGUCCCCCUAGAGGCAUUCCUGGUGUUCAAGGGCCUCCCCACAUGGUUGUCUAUAAUCACUUUGCUCCAGUCGGACAAUAUGGACAGGUUGGUUUGAGCUUUAUGGGUGCCACUUACAUACCUUCGGGAAAGCAAACUGAUUGGAAAAACUCUCCAACUACUGCUGCUAUGCCUAUUAGCGAGGGUGAUAUCAGUAAUGUGAAGGCUGCUAAUGUGCAGCGAAAUGCGCCGAAUAUGAUGGGUCCCACUCAACAGCAUCUUGCCCCUGGAUCUCCACUCUUGCCCAUACCCUCCCCUUUGCCCAUGUUCGAUGUUUCUCCAUUCCAGACUGCCCCUGAUUUGUCUGUCCAAGCCCACUGGGGUCGUAUUCCUCCUCCACUGCAUCAUUCUGUUCCCGUCUCUCGACCAUUGCAGCCACAAGUGGAAAAUGCUCUGCCUUCUCAAGUCAGCCGCGUACAUUCCAUUGACCAGUCGCUACACGCCAAUAGGUUUACUGAUUCUCGAACUCCAACACCAUCAGAUAAUGGCCCAAGUUUUUCCAUUCCUGCAGAUAAAAAUGUCGCCCCGCCUCCUCCUGAGCUAGGAUUGGUGGAUCCAUUGAGGUCCGCCCCAUCUUCAUCUGCCCCGACUGUUCCAAUUCAAACCUCUUCUGGUAACCCCAACCCUGAGUUGGGCAAGACUGACACAACUGAGAACGGCAAACACCAGAAUACUAGCUCUGCGAGAUCUCAGUUUUCUCAGAGGAAUACAUCCAGCCGACAGGGUAAUACUUCCGGCUACAGAUACAGCCAAAGAGGCGGAAUGUCUCAGAGGAACAACACGGGGGGCGAAUGGUCUCAGCGAAGGUUGGGUUUCCAUGGGAGGAACCAGGGCCUUCCUGGGUCGAAGAUGAAACAGAUUUAUGUGGCUAAACAGACGACUACUGUCAAUCCCAAUCCCAAUACCUGAACCCAACCAUAACCAUCCUGCUAUUAUGCCAAAGUUUGGUAUUUCUACCUAUAUGAUCUAUCUUUCGACAAAUAACACCUGGAUUUGGGUGCUUCCCUUGCGAUUGAUCGAUGGGGCUUCUUCGCCGGGGAUCUUUUUUGGAGGCUAUAUAUAUUAUAUUUAUUGUGUUGAAGACUAAUGGAAAAGCUUUGUCAGGUAUCUUUUUGGUGCCCUUAUUUAUUAUCGUAUCUAUCUUGCUGCAGACUUGUUUUCUUACUAGUGUCGGUGUAGUUGGUUGGUUGAUUCGUUCUUGUUCGAUGAUUGCGAAUGAAUUGCACUGUGAAAGUGUUUAUUCUCUGUCUCUCUACCUAAUCUAGUGCAACAACCUGAAAGUUUUGUAUGUUUGUUUUAAAACGACUUGGUUUAAUGAUUGUUUGUUUUGGAUGCUCAAUGAAUUUUGAGAAGUUGCAUGUUUUUGAUCAA